GUUGCUCGUCCGUCUGUUGAACCUUAUGUUCCACCAUCCAGACGGAGUCAGCCAGUGAACAAAGAAUCACUUCCAUGUACAACAUCAACAAAUGAAAAGAAUAAUGAUGAUAACGAUGACGGACAGGAAGAAGAAGAAGAAGAUUGGGAAAAACUAUUAGAUGCUAGUGACAAUUCCUUAACUAAUCAUCUUCUUGAAGAAAUUCAAACAAAAUUUAAAGAAAGUGUUCAAAUAAAAAAAACAACAAAUGAUUAUUCUCAAUGGUCAAUUGAUGAUAUACAAAUAAAAGAAGGUGAUUUAGCACAUGUAAUUGAAGUAUCAAAUUUUCCAUCAACUUUUCGUACGGAAGAUCUUUCAAAUGCAUUCAAAACACUCACUCGCAAUAGUUUCGAUAUAAAAUGGGUUGAUGAUACUCAUGCUCUUGUUAUUUUUCCAGAUGCUAAUACGGCUUUGGAUGCUCUUCAAAUGGAAUAUCCAAUGUUUAAAAUCUGUUCAAUGUCACAAGCAUCAUCUGCAUCGAAGAAAAAAGCGAAGAGUUCAAUUGAAUUUCUUCAACCAUAUAAAGCUCGACCACAAACAUCUUCAUUAGCAGCUAAUCGUCGUAUAUGUGCUGCAUUGGGUUUAAAAAAUCCAAUGAGUAGUGAUAAAACUAAAACUGAACGACAAAAACUUGAAACAGCUAAACAGCAAAAAAAACGUGACAAAGAAGAACAAAAAGCUGUUUGGGAUGGUGCUGUUCUACCAACAACAUCAACAAUAUAA